GGUUGCGGGGAGUACGAGUGCGGAGGGCACAGGAUUGUCAUAGUAACGGGGUAGAGGGUAUGGUAGGCCUCGGCUCAUGGGCCGAGGAGACGAAUGUGCGGGUGACCGGCCUGCCGGUCAGUCGGCGAUCUGCCACCGGCGUGAGGAGCGCCCGCCCAGGACACACAGCGAGUCGUUCAAUGGCUGUAGUAAUGAAGAAGAUUCACAGUGCCGUACUUCAGAUAAUCUUUCACUCCUUUGGCUCCAGUAUUGCAAAGCCCAAAGCAUCUGAUGUCCUAACACAGCAUUUACUUCAGAGAAACUUCCCCUAUUGGACAUCAUACUUCGUGAAAUACAGUUCUGUGGAAAAUGAUCAGUUUGGACUCUCGCAUUUUAAUUGGAAUGUUAAAGGAAUCAAUUAUCACAUUCUAAGGACAGGCUGUUUCCCAUACAUCAAGUACCACUGCUCCUUGGCACCCCAAUACAACCUGGAAUCACAAAACAAGUUUUUCACUGCACUGAAAGUUAUUAACCUAGGUAUCCCCUGUUUGGCCUAUGGGAUCGGUGCAUGGUUUUUCGUCAGUGUCACCGAGGUUGUUCACACCAGUUCUGGCCCAGUGAACAUCUACUUUCUCUACCAGGAAGAUUUAAGAGCCAAACACUGAAUAUCAUCCUUCAUUCAAUUAAUCUUGAAUUCACUGAGUUAGUGCAAUAACUGAAAAAUAAAGUAUUUAUCUGAAAUAAAA